AGGAUCCAUACUUGUAGACUUGUAGUAUCUAAUAACUGAGGCUAUUUCGUAGAAGGGUCAUCCUGUUGGCAUCAGACGUGAAAGAAGCCAAAAAAGCAAAACAGGGAAUUGCAGCACUAACACGACAGCCCUGCGCAGCUUCUAAAAGUUCCUCCGCCGCCUACUAGCCUUCGCAGCAUGACUUGGAUGUUGCUUGUGGGCAAGUUGACAUUGGAGAAAGUGCAUAGAGUAGAGAGGCUAUAGAUAGAUAGUGGUGGAUCCCGGGAGAUCGCAGCAAGUGUGUGUGAUUCAUUCAUUCAUAGGAUAACACGAGCUGCCGGUAGCUACCCCAGAGAUAAAUUCAUUGAUCGAGAUAAGGAAGGAAGGAGACCAUGGGAUUCCUCGGUUUCAAGAAGAAGAAGGGCAAGGACAAGAAAGAAGACGGCAAGGGCCCUGGUGGUGAUGUCGUCGGUGAACAACCAUCGCAGACUGGCACCACGACGGAAGCCAAUGUCCCAGCGGCACAACAGCAACAACAACACCAACAAGAACUGCAGAAACAAGAUCAUCUACCGCCGCAGUCGCCACCGCAAGUCCAACAACAACAGCAGGCGCCACCAGCGGCGACAGUCACGGACAUUCCCGUGGGAGAUCCUGCCUUCGCCAAAGCCGAUGUUACCCGUGAUUUGGUCAAAAAGUUCAUUUCGGAUAUCUGGAAUCGAGGAGAAUUGGAUCUCAUUCCGCAAGUAUGUUCUCCCAAAAUCAGAUUCAAUGGAAACACGGGCUUGGAUAAAAUCGGACACGAUGGAUUUGCCCGCAUGGUCGCCACCAUUCAUGGUGCUUUGAGUGAUUAUCACUGCGAAAUUCACUCCAUGGUCGUCGAAAACAACAAAGCCUUUUGUCGGUUGCGGUUCAGUGGCAAACAUACCGGUGAUCUGCUCGGAUAUCCACCUACUGGACGUGUCGUCUCGUGGAUGGGUGCUACCGAAUUCACCUGCAUGAAUGGACGCAUUCUGAAAGUAUGGGAAUUGGGAGAUAUGAAGACACUGGAAGAACAGUUACAGUUACGUGCCGAAAGUGACUUUCAUGCAGCGCGCUAGCUGAAGCAGAAAGCAACAAUCCCCCCGCACUACUGAUGAUGACCCAGUCAAUCUACAAGGCUGUGGUUUCCUAUCCUAUCGACGAAUACUAAUUUUGAUGCAAUCCAAAUGGCUUGGAGAACUGAACUGCCGUGACUUGAAGUUGCAGCCAGUUGUCGGCCUCUCGUUAUAAAUGUAGACCUUACACAACCGUACCGUAUUACCGACCGUGAUGAGUGU